AUGUCAGCCCCCAGGAUCACUCUGUACUAUGACAUCGUCAGCCCCUUUGCUUACAUCGCAUUCCAUGUGUUGAAGAACUCGCCCACAUUCGCUCAAUGCAAUGUGCAAUAUGUCCCCAUCCUACUGGGGGGACUGAUGCAAACGUGCGGCAACACGCCUCCAAUCAACAUCAAGAGUACGACAGAGCCCAAACUCCUUGAUCUUAUCAAAAUAGAAUUCUCACAAAGUUUACUCCCCACAGACAAGGACAAGUGGAUUAACCAGGAACGCUUGCGCUGGGCCAAAUACUUCUCCGUGCCCGUGUGCGCUAACACCCCCGAGGGCUUCCCGGUGCGCACCCUCGCCGUCCAGCGAGCUAUGUGUGCUGUCUCCCAGAAGUCGCCUGCAAAGGUUGAACCUGUCCUCGAUGCUCUUUAUCGCUCGUUCUGGGUGGAGCGCAACUCGAAGAUUGGGGAACCGGCGGGAUUCCUUCCUAUUUUGGAGGGUGUUCUUGGGAAGCAGGAGGCGCAGGAUGUUUUGUCUGCCAUGGGCCAACCGGAUAUAAAGGCUAUCCUGUCCUCUAACACGGAUCAGGCCUUUAAGUCUGGCGCGUUUGGUCUACCAUGGUUCGAGUGCACCAACUCCAAGGGCGAGACGGAGGGGUUCUGGGGCAUCGACCAUCUCGGUCAGGUUGCGGACUUUUUGGGUCUGGAUCGUAGCGUGGAUAAAGGAUUCCGAGCCGUUCUGUGA